AUGAACCCCUUCCAGAAACUCGUGGGCUACCCUCGCCUGCUUUUGGCUGGUAGCCCUUCCACAAUCGAUGCGGGCGUGUUAUUGUUGGCUAUACUAUCUGCGAUAGCAUCUGGCAUCCCAUUCCCAUUGAUUGGAAUCCUUUUUGGUCAGCUCAUUGACGACUUUAAUUCGGCAACUUGCGACUCGCCCGACACUUCCAGUGCUCGGUCCCAGCACCAAGACAGUGUCAACGACAAAAUCCUGCUGAUCUUGUACUUGGCCAUCGCUCAGUUUGUCACCAUCUAUAUGCAUCUCUCGUGCUGGAGUUUGAACGGCGCUCGACUCGCACAAAGACUACGAGAGAGUUACUUACAUAAUCUGCUCCGACAAGAGCCGACGUAUUUCGACAAUCUGCCUCCCGGAGAAGUCGCCUCUCGACUGAAUGGCGACAUCCAGGCAAUCCGGUCAGGUACCUCUGAGAAAGUCGGGAUAUGUCUCUCAAGUCUAUCCUUUUUCAUCACGGCAUAUAUCGUGGCUUUCAUCAAGGACUACAAGCUCGCGGCGAUGCUAGUCUCGUUGAUACCGGCCUAUUUCUUGAUGUCAUUUGUGGGAAGCCAUUACAUCGAGAAGUACUCUGGACUGAUGUCGGAUUAUGCUGCUACCGCCGCUUCAAUUGCUUCGGAAGCACUUUCCAAUGUUGUUGUCGUGCACGCAUUCCGCGCAAACACCCGGCUGGAGAAUAAAUUCGCCAAGGCGCUCAAGGCUUCAGAACAUGAAGGCUUAAAGAAGGCGUUGGCGGUGGGUGUACAAUCCGGGGUCCUAUAUUUCAUCGCCUAUUCUGCGAACGGUCUAGCAUUCUGGCAAGCAAGUCAACGGAUUGCGGAUGCAGUCCGACAUGAUGCUAAGACCGCCUCCGUGGGUGUUACGUUUACAGUAGUCUUCAUCUUGAUUGAAGCUACAUUGGUUUUGAGUCAAGUAGCGCCUUUUCUGCACCUUUUUGGGGCGGCUGUCGCAUCAUUUCAAAAACUGCGUCAGGAUAUGGAUCGCGAGCCGUUGAUCGAUGGCACAGCUGCUUCCGGGCUUCGCCUCUCGCGAGCGGAAGGCGGCUUUGAGUUCAAGGAUGUCUCGUUCACUUAUCCAUCUAGACCUGAAGUCACGGUUCUGGACCAGGUCAAUCUUCGAAUUCCUCCUAGGAAACACACUGCUAUAGUUGGGUUUUCUGGAAGUGGCAAAUCCACCAUUGCGGGACUGCUUACAAGAUUGUAUGAUCCUAAUCAGGGCCAAGUCUUGUUCGACGGUCAUAAUCUUCGGGAUCUGAAUCUUCGCCACCUCAGACGCUUCCUCAGCCUCGUGCAGCAAGACCCCUCGCUCCUUGACCGUUCCAUAUUGGAGAACAUCGCUCAUGGCUUGAUCAAUUCGAGCCAUCCCAGUCAUGCGCAUUUGAAGACAACGCUUCUUGGCCCAGACCUUGCAGAUCUCGCCCGCCAAGUCAGGGAGGGCCAGGACCUGACGGCAGCAGCAGAGAAGCUGGGUUCAAAUGCCGUCGAGAUUACUUCCUUGGUCCGAAAGGCCGCAGAGCUCGCUGACGCAGAAGCUUUCAUCAUUGCGUUGCAACAUGGUUAUGGUACCGUGGUGGGAUCGAGUGGACGGCUAAUCAGUGGUGGCCAGAAGCAACGGGUUGCUCUUGCUAGGGCCCUUGUUAAAGAUCCCAGGGUUCUCAUCUUGGAUGAGGCCACGGCCUCUCUGGACUCGAGAAGCGAGCAGCGCAUCCAGGGGGCCAUAUCCGGUAUUGCCAGUGGCAGAACUAUGAUUACGAUUGCUCACCGACUUUCGACUAUCACUGGUGCCGACAAUAUUAUAGUCAUGCAGAAGGGGCGCAUCCUUGAAGAGGGAACGCAUUCAAUACUGAUGGCAAAGAACGGCGCAUACGCCGAUCUGGUGAGAUUGCAGACUCUCGGAUCCACGUCCAGGAAGAACGAGACACCAGACAGUACGAGCCAAUCAAAACGUGCUUCUUCAACAAAGGGCGCUACCGAGGAGGAUAUGUUGUCAAUUGACGGUAUUGGAACCAUUGAGAAGACUGAAAUCUCGACAAGUCAGGCUGAGGUAAAUGAAUCUGCGGAAGAGCAGGAAGAGCCCGAGACUCCAUCAAAGUCGCUGUGGUCUUUGGUGCGAGGAUUUACACCAGUCUUGAGACCGCACCUGCUAAUCAUCAUUGUCUCUCUUCUCGCCUCGAGCGUUGUUGGUGGAUCCUUCUCUGCGGAGGCCGUGAUCUUUGGAAACACUGUCGGCAGCUUGAGUCCGUGCCAGAGUGAAUCCUACAUUCGUUCUCGGGGCAGUUUUCUCGGUCUUAUGUUCGUCAUACUCGCAAUCAUCGAGUUCUUUGCGAACGUGACCAGUUGGUCGGGGUUCGGCUGGGUCGCUGAGAAAACGGUCUACACUGUGAGAGUCUUAUCCUUUCGAUCAUUGUUUGGGCAAGAUCUUCAGUGGCAUCAGUCUGAAGGCCGGACCCCCGCCUUGUUGCUCUCUUACAUUACAAGAGAUGGCAAUGCGCUCAGUGGCUUAAGUGGCUCCGUCAUCGGCACAUUGUUCUCAAUCACCGUCAACCUCAUUGUCGCAAUUGUUUUGACUCAUAUAAUUGCUUGGAAAAUAGCAUUGGUCUGCCUAUCUCUGGUACCGCUUCUCCUUGGAGCUGGUCUUAUGGAGCUUCGAGUGCUCACGAGAUUUGAAGAACGGCACGAAAAUGCAUAUACUAAAUCGGUGGACAUCGGCGUGGAGGCAAUCACAUCCAUCAAGACGAUUGCGUCCCUUUCCCUUGAAGAAGAGACACUGAAGACUUACCGACGAUCACUGAAAGGCCCUCGCAAGGAGACGCUCAAAGUGAGCCUAUACGCAAGUCUCUGGCUGGCAAUGACCUAUCUGCUCGGGAACCUCGUGAAUGCAUUGGCUUAUUGGUGGGGCGCCAAACAGAUUAUAGCGGGCAAUUACACUCAGACGCAGUUCAUGAUUGUGGUAUUCUCCCUUCUGGUCAGUGCACUGCUGUGGAGUCAGAUGUUCGCGCUCGCCCCAGAGCUCACCAGCGCGCGGGCUGCGGUGGCAAGGCUUUUGGGUCUCAUUGAAAUGGGACCGGAUAAGAUGCAAGGACGCGUGAAGAGGACUUCAUCUCUCGAUACAUGUUUUGAGGAUAAAGACGUGGAGGCUACAGCUGAAGCAAAACCGACUUUUCCGCCGAGCAACCAGGGUUCUAGCGUCCAGCUCCGCGAUGUCCACUUCGCAUACCCAAGUCGGCCGGAGGUCGACGUGUUGAAGGGUUUGAACGUUGAAAUUCGACCAGGUACACUCUGUGCCCUUGUCGGCCCUAGUGGCGCUGGCAAAUCGACAAUCGUUUCGCUCGUCGAACGACUGUACACCCCUCAAUCCGGAUCCAUCAUAGUCGACGGGGUUGACUUGACAAAGACUCGCGACGUCAGCUUCCGCGACACCAUGGCGCUGGUACCACAAGAAAGCGUCCUCUUCGAGGGAACCAUUGAAUUCAACAUCGGCCUUGGUGCUCGACCGGGCCAUGAAGCCACCAUGGACGAGAUUCAGGAGGCAUGCAAGCUCGCCAACAUUCACGACACUAUCCAAUCCUUGCCCAACGGCUACCAAACGCUCUGUGGACCAAAUGGCAACCAGUUCUCCGGAGGGCAGAAGCAAAGGCUGUCGAUCGCUCGGGCACUGGUGCGAAAGCCCAAGUUGCUGAUCCUGGACGAGCCGACCAGUGCUUUGGAUGCAGAGUCGGAGAAGCUUUUGCAAGACGGGCUUGAGAAGGCCGCGCGAGGCAUCACCGUGAUUGCUAUUGCACACCGACUGCACACGAUAAGGAAGGCGAAUGUUAUCUUCUUGAUUGAAGGAGGCCAAUGCGUCGAUCGCGGAACGCAUGAGGACUUGCUUCAGAGGUCGGAGAGUUAUAGAUUGAACGUUAUGCAUCAGACGUUGGCUGAGUAG